GCCGAGCCUUAUGUUGUAUGCAUAUGGUAGCUGCCAGCAGAAGAGGAUAACGCAUUUUGGGCUGUAGCUUAAAACUUUACCAAUGCUCCCUUGCUUCUCCCUGCUUGAGGGGUUUUAUUCGUUUGAGUGGAGAGGAAAUGGUAGAGGAAAUGACCUAGAGGCCUUACAAAUACAUUUGUGCAUUUUUGUUCUGAGUCUGCAAUUGAGGGCAAACGCAGUCUGGAAGCACCACUUCUUAAAGUUACAACGGAAACAACUACCUCAACAAACAGGGAAAGGGGAAGAAGGCUUGCAAUAACAAACACUCUAGUUUUUAAUAGCUUAUACUUGCAAAGUCUUCUGUAAACAGUCCAGAGUUUUUUCCCCCCUCCAAUACUAAGAAGAGACACUACAAGUAAACUGAGUUGGCAGACUGGAUCUGUCAAGACAUUUGAAGAUAUUUGAUCUGCUGACAUAAGGAUUUGCUUUUUCAAGGAAAGAGCCUCUGCACUGCUUUUAUAAUCGCUGUUGAUCGGUGGUUUGCUCCACUUUUCCUGAUACUACUAAUGGGAGAAUUGUAUUAAGGUAUUGCUUCUAAACUAUUAUUUGCAUUGACAAAAUUUAAGUUUUGUAGAUGCAACAGCAAGAGACAGUGUUGUGCUCGUGAAGAACCAGUAGGCGAUCACUUCUCUGCUCCAGUUGGCUUUUCUGCCUGCAGAGGGGAUACCACAAAGGGACAGAGCUUAAUCGAGAUACUUGGGCUUGCUUUUUGAGUACAGUUUAUAACUGCAGCAGGGCUGCACCCAACAUUGAAAACACGGAGUCAGCAAAUGUGCUGCCGUUCCCACUGCUGAUACAGAUUAUACAGACGCUUGCCUUUCUGAAAUGCCUUUUGUGAAACCUAUGUACACAGUGCUGCACUGGUACUGUACAUAGAUACCCGAGGAAGGAAUUUGACAAGUGAUUGUUAAUUCAAGAACUCUCUGGACAAGCACUCACUUAUGUAUUGCUGCAGUGCACAAGAAAGCAAAAUGGACUAUAAGCGGCGCUUCUUGCUUGGCGGGUCCAAGCAGAAGGUGCAGCAACACCAGCAGUAUCAAAUGCCCGAGCUGGGCAGGACCCUGAGCGCCCCGCUGGCCUCGGCCACCCCCAGCACCCCCCUGGUGUCCCCGGCUGCUGCCGGCGGCUGCUCCCACCCCGCCUCCCACACGACUCCCAUCGCAGACAUCCAGCAGGGAAUCUCCAAAUACCUGGAUGCCCUCAACGUGUUUUGCCGUACGAGCACUUUCCUCACCGAGCUUUUCAGCAGCGUGUUCAGGAACUCGCACUACUCUAAGGCAGCUAUGCAACUGAAAGACGUGCAGGAACAUGUCAUGGAAGCGGCGAGCCGACUCACAGCAGCAAUAAAACCAGAAAUAGCAAAAAUGCUGAUGGAACUGAGUGCGGGAGCUGCAAACUUCAAAGAUCAAAAAGAGUUCAGCCUACAAGACAUUGAGGUACUUGGGCGAUGUUUCUUGACAGUGAUGCAGGUCCACUUCCAAUUCCUGUCCCAGGCUUUGCAGAAAGUCCAGCCAGUGGCACACUCCUGCUUUGCUGAAGCUGUAGCUCAGGAGAGGAAGAACGUUAGUGGGACUGGAGCCUCAAAUAUAAGCCCCACAAACGAGCUGGAAGAUGCAAUAAGAUCCUGGAGAGGAGCAGCAGAGGCCACAUCUCGACUGCGAGAAAGAGGCUGUGAUGGAUGUUUGGCAGGAAUUGAAGUUCAGCAGCUUUUCUGCUCACAGACUGUGGCCAUCCCUGAACAUCAGCUCAAAGAGCUAAACAUGAAAAUUGACAGUGCUUUGCAGGCUUACAAAGGGGCUCUGGAGAGCUUGGGCCAUUGUGAAUAUGCAAUGAAGGCUGGCUUCCACUUGAACCCAAAAGCAAUUGAAGCAAGUCUUCAGGGCUGUUGCAGUGAAGCUGAAGCUCAACAAACAGGAAGGAGACAGACUCCACCUCAGCCCAUUCAGUGUGAGCUGCCCACUGUCCCUGUCCAGAUUGGAUCCCAUUUUCUGAAAGGAAUCUCCUUCAAUGAGUCUGCAGCGGAAAACCUGAAGCUGAAAACGCACACAAUGCUGCAGCUGAUCAAGGAGGCCGGGUGCCACAAUGGACUCACACCCCGGGACGACUCUCCCGUGACUGAAGUGCUGAACCAGGUCUGCCCUUCCACGUGGAGAGGAGCCUGCAAAACUGCUGUGCAGCUGCUCUUUGGCCAGGCUGGACUGGUGGUUGUGGACACGGCACAGAUUGAAAAUAAAGAAGCCUAUGCUCCUCAGAUAAGUUUAGAAGGAUCAAGAAUUGUGGUGCAAGUUCCAUCAACUUGGUGUCUGAAAGAAGAUCCAGCAACAAUGUCUUUGCUACAGAGGAGUCUGGAUCCAGAGAAGACUUUGGGGCUGGUAGACGUGCUCUAUACUGCUGUGUUUGAUAUACACAGGUGGAAGGAAGGAAGGGAGCAAGCUUUGCCUUGUAUUCAGAUCCAGUUACAGCGUGAAAUCUCAGAAUUUGGGAGCCAAGUUGACAUGCCAUCGGGGAAUGGAAGCAAAUCUUCAGGGGGUCUGCAAAAGACAUUCUCAAAACUGACUUCACGGUUUACAAAAAAAACUUCCUGCACUAGUACAAGUAACACAGGAAGCUACUCAAUCCCCAGUACACCUUCCAAAAACGUCUUCAUAAGUUCCAGCUCAGAGGAGAAAGCUAAAAUGCCCACUAGCAUGGACGCACGGUUGCAGAACAUCCUGAGCAUUGGUAACUUCCCUCGGAGCGCGGAUGCCCUGCAGCCAGCGCAGAGCACAGCCAACCAGCUCGUCAAUGGCUUUCUGAUGGACAGAAGGGACAGCUUCUUCAAACCAGAUGAUGGCAAGGAUGACAAAGGUAUGAAUUUACCAACUGACCAAGAAAUGCAGGAUGUUAUAGAUUUCUUGUCUGGUUUUAACAUGGGCAAAUCCCAGCAGACUUCUCCGAUGGUGAAAAGAAGGAACUCUGUUGCAUCCUCCACAGCAGCAGAACAAAAGUCAGGAGCAGUUCAACAGCAGCCACAGUCUGUGUCUCACACCCCACUGCAUCCUCCUCAGCAAGGCUUGUCCCAGCAGCAGUCCCAAAAGCAGCAGCAGCAAAUGCAGUAUUACCAACAUUUGCUCCAACCUAUUGGACCACAGCAACGUGUACCUGCCAAAUGGCUCAGCAGUUCUUCACAGCAGCAAGCUCCGGCUGUUGGAGCUGGGUUGUCUCAUAUAAAUCAGUGGAACAAUCCUGGUUUUUCAGAUUUAAGCUCUGAUUUGUACAGCUUGGGUCUGGUGAGCAGCUAUAUGGACAGUGUGAUGGCAGAGAUGUUAGGACAGAAACCACAAGGACCUAGAAACAACACGUGGCCAAAUCGUGACCAAACUGAUGGAGUGUUUGGGAUGUUGGGAGAAAUCCUGCCUUUUGACCCUGCAGUUGGCUCUGAUCCAGAGUUUGCCCGCUAUGUUGCUGGGGUGAACCAGGCUAUGCAACAGAAGAGGCAAGCACAGCACGUCCGUCGUCCAAGCACCACGCGUGGCAACUGGCCUCUUCCAGAUGAUCCUCACAAAACCUGGCCCUUUCCCGAGUACUUCACAGAGGGUGAUGUGACAAACAGCUGGUCUGGUACUCAAGGAGACUCUGCCAGCUCAAGCGAUGAGACCUCCUCAGCUAACGGAGACAGUUUGUUCUCCAUGUUCUCAGGGCCAGACCUUGUUGCUGCUGUAAAGCAGAGGAGAAAGCACAGCAGUGGUGAACAGGAACCCAGCACGCUGCCAUCGCCUCCCCUUCUCUCUGCAGCGGAUGACCGCAGUCAGGAUAACAAGACCAAAACCUGGCCUCCCAAGGCGCCGUGGCAGCACACAUCCUCUGUGCCGAGCACGCUGCCCAGCCAGAGCACGUCGCUGUACCCCGUGAGCAGCCCCGUGGGCCAGUGGAGCGACACCAUGCAGAUGCUGCAGGCGCCCCUGUGGGCCAGCGACUGCGCCCCGGCAGCCGGCAUCUCCUCCAGCUUCGCCUACGCGCAGCAGCAGCAGCAGUCCCAGCAGCCUUCCCAGCACAAACAGAUCAACAAGGGCUUCAAAGCUUUCCCAGUAAAGCACGAACGCAGACCGUCCUACCUGCACCAGUACUAACUGCUUUUCGUACUGAAACUGCAGCACAGGGCCAAAUGAAAAUCACAUUAUUGGAUUCACAGUGCUGUGUUGGCUAUAUCCUGUUUCUCUCGUGGUGUGGCAUUGAGGGGCUUUGGGUGAGAUGGACAAACUCUCGGAUUCUGAGUUACAGUGCUGAGCAAAUAUGGCCAAUAUGUUUGGUGUACGUGAAACAGCCCAAAACUGUGAUGUAGAAAUGCUUUUAAAAAUGUGUAAUUGCCUUUACUUUCAAGACAUUUUUUUUUUCUAAAAACAACUGCUGAAGGACUACCAUACAAGAAACACUGUAUUUUAUAGCUAUUUUUCAUAUAGAUUUAUAGUUAAAACAUCUUACUGAAACACAUUGAAUAUGUUGAAGCAAAUAUAUAGUGGUCACUUUGCUCAACACUGUUUGUGUUUAAAUUUAUAAAGGACAAGCUGUAGAACCUUUGUAUUCUCCAUUACAGCCUGUGGGCAGCUUUUUUAAAAUGAAGUGCAACAGCAGCUUUUCCUGUGCUACACAAGUGAGUUCAUUUGAGAACUGCUGCAGAAACAGUUGCAAAACUGAGUUUUGUGGCAGUUUCUUCAGCGUAGGUGAAGAUCAGCAGAACCACUCAGCCUUGUGUCGUCAACAUUACCUGAGCUGCUUGACAUAGAUGGCACCUGUGUGGGCAGUGGUUCCCUGGUUCCACACCUGUGUGAGCACUGGGAGCCUGGUUCACACACCUGUGUGGGCAGUGGUGCCCUGGUUCACACACCUGUGUGGGCAGUGGUUCCCUGGUUCCACACCUGUGUGGGCAGUGGUUCCUUGGUUCCCACACCUGUGUGGGCAGUGGUGCCCUGGUUCCACACAAACCAUGUCCUAUGGCUGCAUUUGGCCAAAGGCAUCACCCACAAGGUGCUCCUGCAGUGUGUGAAAGCAAAGCCUAAGAGACUACUUGCAUUUAUUUAAAGUCUUAUUUCAGAUGCUACAGUUGAUUGAAAAUUGUGAGCUGGCUCAGAAGAUACUAAAACUGAAAUGUGGGGUAGCAGUUAGUUAAAAGAACAUUAUUUUUUUUAAAAGGAUAAAGUAGUUAUUUGCAGUCAAUAUGUGCCAUUAAGUGAACCUGUGGAAUUAGGAAUAAUCUUCCAACCAAAGUGGAUGGGGGCGAGUGACUGGUGCUUACAAAUUCAAGAACAAUGGUAAAUAUAUGUAUACCUAUCCCACUGUAUAUGAAUUGAGAUUACAGAAGAUUCUUUAUAUAGUUAGAGCUUAUUUAAAUUUUCAUAUUUCAUCUUUGAAAGAGUCUAAAAACCACAAUAUUUUCUGGUAUAAGAGUUUUGACAGUAUUAAUCUUAUUUUUGUAUUUUUCUUAAGUCAUAUCAUUCUAAUAUGUUAACUACUAGUAAAAUGGGUUAUUAGUUCUAACUACAUAAUUUUUCAAUGAAGAUAAAGCACAUUUUUUGGUUUUGGUUUUACAAACUAAGUACAUCUAUAUCUAAAGAUACCAAAAAAGAAAUGCAUUAUAUAUACAUAUAUAUAUAUAAAUAAAAAGUAUACAUAACACUAAACCUAUUAAACAUUUGGGUAUUUAAAACCCAUCCACCUUUUUUGUUUGUAUGGUGACGGGCUCUAUUUGCAGGCCCAGAUUGUUACCUUUUGUGCUGUUUGAGGAUGCCAAUGUUGCCUGUAUUUAUGAUAUUGUCACCAUGUUUUCUGAAACUUCAUACUUACCAUGUUUACAAAGAUUUGUUUGCUGUACAUAGACUUUUUACAGUAAUGUGCUUUGCACAAUCAGUGUGGCUUCUGUCUGUAAAUUGUUAAUGGUCUGUACUACUAUAAUUUUGAAAACCUUCCACUGAAAAUGUUAGUGGUUAUUUAACUUCAUGAAUGGUUUCGAGUUUCCUAAAUCUUGUUGUUUAGAUCUAAUAUUAAAUCCCAAAUUUGGUUGUACUUACUUGGUUAUUCAUACUAAGACCAAAAUGGAAGUUAAUGAAAACUUAAUUUUGAACUUUUUUUCUAACAAGUGCCAAAAUGAUUGCUAUAGUUUUUGCAGUUUAUUCAUAAUUACAAAUGCUGGCAAGUUUCUGGACCUACAUAAGUGAAUUGUGAACACAAAGAAAGUUUGUCUGCAUUUUGACCACGUGGGUGCUACUCUGUCCUUUGCUUCCGAUUGUUCUGAACACUGGUAAUUUUAAGAAUUGUUGCACUUGGCAAAUGAGUCUUGCCCUUAAACUUCACUUACACUGCCAAGUGCAAGGGUUUGGUGCUUAGUUAACUUACCCUUAUUGCAGUGCUUCUUGUGAAUAGCUAACGCUUCUGAACUGGAACUGUACAGUUUGUAUUUUAAAGCUUCUGUAAAAGUAAACUAUUUGCUUUAUUAAAGAUAUACAUUUAAUAGGUCAUACCUGUUUAAAAUAUGCACCUUGCUGAAAAUGAGCAGCACCUUAAACUGUAAUUUCGGUUUGUAAACAAAGAUCUUAUUACAUUAACAUGGGAUUAUUUAAGAGUUUGAAAAUUGUCAACUGCCUACUUACUGACUCUAUCAUAUAAAAAUGAACUUUAUGCACAG